AUGGCAGCAGGGGACCCUUCAAGCAGUAUGCGCGCCCGGAUGGAGGCACUAAUUAGGCGGAAACAACGUGAAAUUACAUCUGGACUGGAAUCCUUGGAAGAAACCGCAAGAUUUAGGGAAGAUACGUGGGAACGUGAGAAUGAUGGUGGUGGUGGUAAAUCAUGUGUUCUGCAGAACGGUUCAACAUUCGAGAAAGCGGGCGUUAAUAUUUCCGUUGUCUAUGGGGCCCUUUCUCCCGCUGCUAUUCUUUCGAUGAAGUCCGAGCAUAAGAAGCUUGAGAUUCCGCUUGACCCUAUUACAGGGAAGCCUACUGAGGGAUUGCAAUUUUUUGCUUGUGGAAUUUCUUUAGUUGUCCAUCCUCAUAAUCCCCAUGCUCCAACUACACAUUUAAAUUACCGUUACUUUGAAACCUGGAAGGACGAUGGAACCCCUGCCGUUUGGUGGUUUGGUGGUGGAGCAGAUUUAACUCCUUCAUAUCUAUAUGAAGAAGAUGUUAAAUUGUUCCACAGUAUGCAUAAGGAAGCUCUUGAUAAGCACGAUACGAGCUAUUAUCCAAAGUUCAAAAAAUGGUGCGAUGAAUACUUCUGGAUUAAACACCGUGGCGAGAACAGAGGUGUUGGAGGUAUCUUUUUUGACGACUUAGAUGAGCGUGACCCUUCGGACCUUCUAGCAAUGUGUGAGCAUUGUCUAGACGCGUACCUGCCCUCUUACCUACCAAUCCUUGUUCGUAGGAAGGAUAUGCCAUAUACUGCCGAAGAGAAGGAAUGGCAGCAGAUUAGACGUGGUAGAUAUGUGGAAUUCAACCUUGUUUUGGAUCGUGGCACCCAAUUUGGCCUACGUACGCCUGGUUCCCGUAUCGAAUCCAUUUUAGUUUCAUUGCCUAUAAACGCAAAAUGGUUGUAUGAUCAUCAUCCUCCUGCAGGGUCCAAAGAAGAAGCACUUGUCAAGAUUUUGAAAAAUCCCCGUGAUUGGUUGUAA